AUGGAGACUGAUUUACCAGCAUGUGAGCCAGCGAGCCCUCAAAGUGCUCAACAGCCGGAUUCUGUGUUGGAAGGCGAUUGGCAGGAUAUGGAAGUGAUAAGCGGAACAUGCAGAUCGACAGAGGCAUUCAGUCAGCCACCACCGAACGCAUCCCGUUAUGAAAGACUCUUGUGGUUGAGACAGCAGCGCCUUCAGACCCAGAUCCUGUGGGUCCAAUGCGACGCAUGCGACAAAUGGAGGUCCAUGCCUACGAUAUUCGAACGUACUGAAUUACCUGAAAAAUGGUAUUGCUCGUUGCACCCAGAGAAGAGCUUAUCCAGCUGUUCCAAGCCGGAAAUGCUCAUCCCGGUCCACGUUGAAGCGGAUCUUAUUUACUCCAAGUACUCCGUCGGGUCCAUAGUCCUCGCACGCUACGGAUCUUGGCCCUGGUGGCCGGCUAUGAUCGAGGACUGUCCAGACACCGAACAAUAUUUUUGGACAGACGCGCUAUCAGACAUUCCGACCCACUAUAACGUGACGUUCUUCGACGUCCCUCUGACCAGAGGCUGGGUGAAAGCGAGUCGCAUUAAAAACUUCACAACAGUCGUACCACGUAGUAAUAAACAGAGCAAGAACUUAAAACAGCGCCUCGCGACCGCUUACGAGGAAGCCGAGCAAGCCCUUCUCCUCAGCAGGAGCGAUAGGCUUGAUAGAUAUUCAUUUCUUCGUACGUUGGAAGGGCCAACAAAAACGCCAAAAUCCGUUAAAAAACAUGUAAAGAAGUACAAGAAAUUGAUAAAUAAUAAUAAUUCUGAUAUGGAAAUAAAUUUUAAAGAUUAA